UGCGCGCACACGUGAGCACUGUUCUUUUCGUCGCUGGAGUAAAAUUAAUUCAGUUCACACCCGCGAGGGUCUCCCUGUGAGGGGUGCCAGCAGCUGUCCAAAUAGACCGCCGUGUGCUGUCAUCCAGUCCUGGUCCGUUCUGCUCUGCUGUGGAUCCGCUGUACGCUAAAUCAUCAUCCUGCAGUGCCUGAGGUUUUGUCACUCCACCCCACCUCCUGUCGUCAUGGCGCCCAAGGACAUCAUGACCAAUUCGCAUGCCAAAUCCAUCUUGAAUGCCAUGAACGCCCUGAGAAAAAGCAACACGCUGUGCGACAUCACUCUGAGGGUGGAGGGCACAGAUUUUCCGGCCCACCGCAUUGUGUUGGCGGCCUGCAGUGAUUAUUUCUGUGCCAUGUUCACCAGUGAGCUUGCUGAAAAAGGGAAGUCCUUUGUGGACAUUCAGGGCCUCACAGCAUCCACCAUGGAGAUCCUGUUGGAUUUUGUUUACACAGAGACGGUGCUGGUUACCGUAGAAAAUGUUCAGGAGCUGCUGCCCGCUGCCUGUCUCUUGCAGCUUAAAGGUGUGAAGAGAGCUUGCUGUGAUUUUCUUAAUAGUCAGUUGGAUCCAUCAAACUGUCUGGGAAUCAGAGACUUUGCAGAAACGCACAACUGUCUGGACUUGAUGCAGGCAGCUGAACUGUUCUCACAGAAACACUUUGCUGAGGUGGUGCAACAGGAAGAGUUUAUGCUGCUCAGUCAGAGUGAGGUGGAAAAACUUAUCAAGUGUGAUGAGAUCCAGGUUGACUCAGAGGAGCCUGUGUUCGAGGCAGUUCUGAACUGGGUGAAGCACAAAAGAAAAGAGAGAGAGCCGUAUCUGCCCGAUCUGCUGGAGUAUGUGCGCAUGCCCCUGCUCACCCCACGAUACAUCACUGAUGUCAUUGACAUAGAGCCAUUGAUACACUGCAGUCUGCCAUGUCGAGAUUUGGUGGACGAAGCAAAGAAGUUUCACCUUCGGCCAGAGUUACGCAGCGAGAUGCAGAGUCCUCGAACCCAAGCAAGACUCGGUGCCAAAGAGGUUCUCUUGGUAAUUGGAGGAUUUGGCAGCCAACAAUCACCCAUUGACGUUGUUGAGAAGUAUGAUCCCAAAACCAGAGAGUGGAGCUUUCUUCCUAACAUUGCAAGGAAACGGCGCUACGUUGCCACUGUUGCCCUGAAUGAUCGUGUCUAUGUUAUCGGUGGGUACGAUGGCCGAUCACGGUUGAGUUCAGUCGAGUGUUUGGACUACACAGCAGAUGAAGAUGGAGUCUGGUACUCUGUCGCCACAAUGAAUGUACGCCGAGGCCUUGCAGGAGCUACAACCCUCGGAGAUAUGAUCUACGUUGCGGGUGGAUUUGAUGGUAGUAGACGUCACACCAGCAUGGAGCGUUAUGAUCCCAAUAUUGACCAGUGGAGCAUGCUGGGAGAUAUGCAGACUGCGAGGGAGGGAGCAGGACUUGUUGUAGCCAGUGGACUCAUUUACUGUUUGGGUGGUUAUGAUGGUCUGAACAUCCUGAAUUCUGUAGAGCGGUAUGACCCUCACACGGGACAUUGGACCAGUGUCACUCCCAUGGCCAACAAACGCUCAGGGGCUGGUGUGGCUUUGCUGAAUGAUCACAUAUAUGUUGUCGGAGGGUUUGACGGCACGGCCCACCUGUCUUCCGUAGAGGUGUACAACAUCCGCACAGACUAUUGGACCUCUGUGGCCAAUAUGACCACGCCACGCUGCUAUGUAGGAGCCACGGUCCUGAGGGGCCGCCUUUAUGCCAUUGCAGGAUACGAUGGGAACUCACUGCUCAGCAGUAUUGAAUGUUAUGACCCUGUGAUUGACAGCUGGGAGGUGGUGACUUCAAUGGCAACACAACGCUGUGAUGCAGGAGUUUGUGUGCUCAGAGAAAAAUGAGAAGAUAAUC